GCUCCACCCGGUCACGUGAUCAGACGCAGCCAACGUCCGGGCGGCACGAGCAGCAGACAUGGCGUCGACUUUCACAGACCUGAACGGCCGCUGCAUUACCCUCGAACAAACACACCACUCGCCGCUAUGCCGCGAGUUUACAAUCCUCUCCCCGAAGAUGUCGUUGCGCUCGGUGCUGGGUUACACGGCCGCCGUUUGGCUGACCGCUUACGCCAUCUUCUAUCACACUCAGAACACUUCCGUGCUGUCAGCUUCAAUUGUUUUGACUCUGGUUGGGAUGAUACUGCACCUUCAUUUAUUUAAGAUUGAUCAGGAGUCGAUGCUGAUCAUUGGAUCGAUUGGAGUUCAGAUGAACACCUUGUAUGCCUCGGGGAGAGAGAGCGUGAGAUUCAUUGAAAUGAAGAAGGUGAAAGAUAUUGUGAUCAACGAAGCCAUUUAUAUGCAGAAAGUUAUCUACUACCUGUGCAUUCUGCUGAUAGACCCCGGAAACCCCAGGGGAGUGUCCGAGGUGGUGCCAGUAUUCCAGAGUGCCAAGCCACGUCUGGACUGUUUAUCGCAGGUGUACAGAAGCUGCCAAGAAAUCCUACAACAGACACAGGAGGAACAGUGAACGAGUCAAGGACAGGCCUUGUUCUGUCAGGUGUCUAAAGGAAGCCCUCGACCUGUCAAAUGAUCCUCAGCAGCCAGACAGUGAAGAGGACACAGCACUUCCCACUGCUGUCAGCAAUGUCAUGGAAACAAUCCCACCAGGUCGUAAACAUCAUCAGGUGGUGGAACUGCCCAUUGGAAAUGACAUCCUUGUUGUUGGCACACUUCACGAAAGAAGGAGGUUGGAGUAGCCAUAACAUACUGGACGCAGGGCAGUUAGAUGCAAUUACAGGCUGAUGGUUCUUUGUUCCUCAUGACCACCAGGGUGACAAAGACUUGCCAGAUAUUGCACCUUUCACAGUCACGCGAUCUGCCAGCACACAAGUGACGUACUUACGAAACGAGGUUGCUGUUGUAAUGUAGGAAGUGCAGUAGCAGUUAAAUGUGCAACGGUAUGCUAAUAAUUUGAUAAUCAGUUUAAGCUCAUGCUGAUUGAAGAAUAAACAGUGACCUGAACACCAGA